CUCUCUCUCUCUGCUUUUUCGUAGUCCAAAUCCAAGCGUGUGAUUUGCCUGUCUCUCUUUCUCUCUCUCCCCAGCUACAGUGUUUGGUAUUUCUCUUUCUCACCUAUGCUUACUCAAACCCGUACACAAAAACACAAACACAGCACAAAACAUGUUUUCAAUAACUAAAAAGCACAUUUCCAUUCCCUUUCAUUGUUCUUUCACAUGAUCUACUUGCAUUCUAUUAAUGUCUCUUGCAGCUUUUGACGUUCUUAAAGCAAACACUACAGCUCUUCUCCACCCUUAAACUAACUAAACUAACACUUAAAAUCCUCACUCUUGUCCUCUCCUUUGUCCUUAUAAGUACUCUGUUUCCUCUGUAACCUUCUAUUCUAGUACCUACCCUCUAUGAUUUACCACAAUUCACACCCAAAAACCAUGUAUAGAAGGGAAAAAACACUUCGAGAAGACACAUUCCCCCAAAGUAGAAGAACCCCAUCUUUCUCUUCUACUCUCCUAGACUCAAUUUACCGUUCUAUUGACGAAUCCAAUCCCAAUGAACCCCAUUUCAAUGACUCAACCACUUUCAAAAAACAGAGCAAUUCUAGCUCCAAGCGUGCCACUUGGGUGGUAGAGCAAGAGAAAGAGGUGUUGAAUCUCCGAAGAACGGUCAUGAUCGAAGAUUGGAUGGAGAAGCAAAGCAUUCACAGCUCUGUGCUGUUGAAUUCAGCUUCAAGUUCCUCAGAGUCUAGCUCUGGCACUGCAGUGUUCUCAUCCUCUGAAACAGAGUCAACCUACAAACACAAAGCGAAACCGAAAUUGCAGAGCUCAAAGAAGCAAAUGAACUUGGAUUAUAGGAGUUCAGAGAAGCAGUCCAAGCCAAAGAUUACUGAGGGUGGUCUUACAAAGACGAAAUCAAAGGCCUUGAAAAUCUACGGCGAGUUAAAGAAAGUGAAGCAGCCAAUUUCACCAGGUGGUCGCAUUGCUAGCUUUCUCAAUUCGAUUUUCAAUUCUGAUAAUGUAAAGAAAGCCAAAAUGUGUUACGUCGGAGCUGCGAAAGAUGUGAACUUGGAGCCUAAUAAAUCCAAAUCUGCUUGCUCUUCUUCAGCUUCUUCAUAUUCGAGGUCUUGCUUGAGCAAAAACCCAGCUUCAAGACCAAAAUUGAGCAAUGGUAUCAAAAGGUCUGUGAGAUUUUAUCCAGUUGGUGUGAUUGUUGGUGAGGAUUCUCAACCAUGUGGGCAUAAAUGUAUUUAUGAAGAGGAUCCAAGUCUAAUGCCAAUUCCGACACUUAGAAAAAUUACCAAUACUUGCUCGGUUAAGGAGGGUACAACAACUACGAGUGCAUUUCAUUUGCGAGGUUUUCAUGAGAAUGAGAGAGUUAUUGAUGAUGAUGAUGAGGAGGAGGAUGAAGAUGCUGAGAGCUAUUCGAGCUCAGAUUUGUUUGAGCUUGAUCACCUUGUUGGGAUUGGCAGGUACAGAGAGGAGCUUCCUGUGUAUGAAACUACUAGUUUGGUAACAAAUCAUGCCAUUGCUAAUGGGUUCAUUUUGUAAUUCAUUGUCAUGUCAUCAAUGUAAAUUAAUGUUUUGGGGAAUUAUAUCAACUUUGGAAGUGUUAAUUA